UUUUAGGCCCGUUAUUGUAAUCAUUUAUUUGAUUCGAUUUAAUGCACAUUUAGUGAAACUUUCGGUUUUAUCAGUCAGCUAAUUCAAGGUGUUCGGCUUUUUUUGGAAAUCAGUAAGUAUAAUUAUAUUAAGUAGUUUUGUCACAUUUGACAUUAUUUUGCACAUUCUUUUGGCACCCUAUUUUCAGUUACGAAAGGAAAUUAACAUCACUUCGAUAUAAAAUUGUGAAGAAAAUAAAGUAAAAACAAAACAAGAAAAAUAAGGAAUCGUUCCUGCGUUACGUUUAAAAGGCAGCAUUGGUUUUUGUCGAUAUGAUGGAUUUAUGUAUGUGACAUUAUGCAAAGAACAAUUAGCACAAUAAUGCUUGUUACGUAACUGUUGUUAUUUACAAUAUUUGGUCUGACAUGAAGAUGUCAUUAGUCAUUACUCAUUACAUACUUAAGAUACAUAAAUAUAUAACCUUGGAUACGUGCUGUUUAUUAAUAUCGUAAUUAGUACUUUAGCCAGUUUAGAUAAAAUAUCUCAGAAAAAUGUUGUGUUAUCAAUAGUUUAGAUUACACCAUACUAAUACAAAGUGAAAAUCAAUUAACACAAUAUGGUGGCACCUUUGGUAACCCUCCAAGAUGGUAAAGUUAAAGGGAAGAUAUCCACUGACUUCUUAGGUGGAAAAUAUUAUAGUUUUCUGGGUAUUCCGUAUGCAAAACCACCAGUCAAAAAUUUAAGAUUUAAGGCUCCUGUACCGAUAGAACCCUGGAAUGGAAUCAGAGAUGCCACAAGAGAAGGUCCAGAAUGUCCUUCAUAUCAUAUGCUAUUUGAACUUUACAUAGGCUCUGAAGACAAUUGCUUAAAUUUAAAUGUUUAUACACGACAGUUACCAUGCGACACCACUAGCUUGAAACCAGUCAUGGUAUGGAUCCAUGGAGGUGGUUUUGUACGUGGUUCAAACAGAAACGAUAUGUACAGCCCCGAUUAUUUAAUCACUGAAGAUAUUGUGCUUGUAUGCAUAAAUUAUCGUUUAGGAAUUCUAGGAUUUCUCAGUUUAGAAGAUUCAUCGCUCGAAGUUCCUGGAAAUGCUGGUUUAAAAGAUAUGAUACUUGCAUUGCAAUGGGUCCAAAAGAAUAUACAACAGUUCUGUGGUGAUCCCAACAAUGUUACAAUUUUUGGUGAAAGUGCCGGAUCCGCUUCUGUUCAUUAUCUGUUACUGAGUCCACUAUCGAAGGGUUUAUUUCAUAAAGCAAUAGCUCAGAGUGGAUGUUCCUUGAACAGCUGGGCUAGAGGCUGUAGUAACGGAGUAAUAAUAGCGAAGAAUCUUGAAUACGACGAGACAGACGAAAGAAAAAUACUGGAAUAUUUAAAAAGUGUACCGGCACGUAAAAUCGUUGAAGCUCAAGAGAAAACACUAGAUCCAUUUAAUGCAGGGACAAUAAGACCAUUUGGACCAGUUGUAGAAAAAUAUGGCACAAAAGGUGCAUUUCUUUGUGAAGACCCUAUCGACCUUAUUAAAUCCGGAAAAUUUCAUCACGUACCUUUAAUUAUGGGAUACACUUCCAAAGAAGGAAUGCUUUUCGUGUUUCUAGGUCAAUUAAAAUUUGGACACAAUGGUGAAACAAAUAAUUUCGAAGAAGAAAUUUUCUUUGAUCGCAAACUAAAUAUGGAUUCAGUAGCGUCUGAGAAAUGCGCCCUAGAAAUAAAGAAAUUUUAUAAUCAGGAAGAAAAUCAACCGGAAAAGGAUAUCGAUAAAUUUGAUUUAUUGAAAACCGAUAACAUGUUCCUUUACGGCAUUCAUACCUGUGUUUCUCACCAAAAAUUGGUCAGUCAGGCCCCCAUUUAUUUUUACAGAAUGACGCUUGACACGACAAACAAUCACGCAAAGGAAAUUUCUACUACAAAACACGUUUAUAUUUUAAUGGCAUUAUACUACUUAAUUGGCAAAUUAGGUGAUGGCCUUAUCAAAAAUAUGCUUUUCAAACUGACGAAAUUAAUACCGCAAAAUAAGCGGACUGGAGCGUGUCAUAGUGAUGAUUUGUACUACCUAUUCCGAACAUUUAUGAACGAAAAAUUUGAGGAGGGAGAUGAGAAUAAUACUUAUAUACUGAGAUUUGUUAGACUUUGGGCAAAUUUUGCUCGAACGGGUGAUCCCACUCCCGACAAAAACGAUCCACUUAUUAAAGUUAAAUGGACACCAGUAAAUAAAAGUGAAAAUUGUUUGUUAAAUAUUGAUAAAGAACUGAAAAUGUUAGUUGAUCCAGAUUUAGAAAGGGUAAAGUUUUGGGCAAAUCUUUUUGAAUGAAUUUAAUUAAUUUUUUAUAUAGACAUACAUGUUUAUAAUUAUUUAAUACAAACAGUUUGGAUUGUGCUAGAAUUUUAAUACAUGUACGAAUUAAAUGUUUCUGUGCAUUAUUUGUUUUUGCUAGCCCUGCCAAUUGAUGGAGAGGCACUAUAUUGGGUGCUUAUAAUUAGAGAGCGGAUUUCUAGGUUUAAUGCUUUUUGUGAAAAAUGUAAGCACUUCAAAGCUAUUUUAUAUCUGUAACUAUGAUACAAUUUGGAGUCAUUUGACACAUUUUUUUUAUGCUUAUUUUUGCUUUUUUUUAAUUUUAUGCAUAUUAAAACUUAUAUGCUUAUUUAAUGCUUUUUUCGACGAAUAUGAGUUUUAAUGCAUAUUUUGUUCAAAUGCCGGCCUUGUCGGGAUAACAAAUACUUGUUAGUUAGCCGUAUCGUAUCGUAUGCAUUUUACCUGGACUUGACCAUUGAAGUACACUUACUCAAGACCCCUUCUGUGAAUAGGUUCCGGUCGUUUGGGUAAUAAAAUUUUAUUAUACGAUUGGAAAAAUACUCUAUAGAUUUUAUGACUUUAAAUGCUUACUUCCGUUGAUAAUGAAUUAAAGCUUUUAACCAGAUGUUCUUUUUCGGCAUUUUGCGGCAAGACCGUUGAGGAUUUUCUAGAAAAAAGGAUUAUUGUACCCAACUACCUACCUUAAAAUUUUUCUAAUGGAAACUUUUAAGUAAAUGGACCGUUUAUUUCACAACCAUCAGUUUAUCGCAUAUGUCGUAGUACAGUUUUAUACGUGGUUCUCCCUUGUUACAUGUUGAGUUCUUUUUGGUAAUAUUACUAAUAUUUUAAAAGAAUGCCGAAAGUAAAAUCGACGCCGGAUGAGUGGAUAAGGGAUUUUCCAGAAUUAAAAUUAGAAAACAACAAAAUAUUCUGCAGAGCUUGUGUGAAAACCAUUCAAAGUGAUAAAAAAUAUAACGUGACGCAACAUCUCAGAACGACUCUUCAUGUAGAAAGGAAGAAAAUGUUUAAAGUUUCUAAAAUUAAACAGCAGACCAUACAUGAAUCUGUUGCAUCUACUUCCACAAAAGAUGAGCAGUUUUAGUUUAAUUUCGAUUUAUGUAAAAUGAUGAUCCAGUCCAAUAUACCUUUAAAAAAAUUGGAGAAAGGCCCUCUUCAAAAAUUCCUUGAAAAACACUGCAAUCGACAUAUUCCGGUUGAAAGUACUCUCCGAAAAAAUUAUGUAGGCCCAGUGUUUCAGCAAGUUUACAACGAAAUUAAACACCGCAUUGGAGAUAAUUAUUUAUGGUUCGCUGUCGAUGAAACAACCGAUAGUUGUGGAAGAUACGUGGCAAGUUUAAUUGUUGGAAUCUUAAAUGAAAAUUUCCCUAGUCGAGGGUAUGUAGUAAGUUUGAAAAUGUUACAUAAAACAAAUGGCAAUACGAUUACUAGAUUUGUAAAUGACAGUCUUACGUCACUAUUUUUGCCAAAUGCCGUACCGGCGAAUAAAAUUUUAUUGAUGAUCUCAGAUGCAGCUCGUUAUAUGUUGAAAGCAGGGAAUAAUCUAAAAAUAUUGUACCCCAAUUUAAUUCACCCUACUUGCAUUGCCCACGGUUUAAACAGAGUGGCUGAAGGAAUACGUUUGCAGUUUCCUACUGUUAAUAAAUUAGUGGCAAAUGGUAAAAAGAUUUUUGUUAAACCCCCACUAAGAGUGCACCAUUUUAAGGAAAAAUUUGCAAACAUACCAUUCCCCCAGAGCCGUUUAUAACGAGGUGGGGAACAUGGUUACAGGCCACAUUUUAUUAUGACAAAUAUAUCAAAGAAUUUGAGGAAGUAAUUACGGAGUUUAGCGAAGAUUCUUCUCAAUCGAUUAAAUAUUGCACAAAUAUCUUGGAAAACAAAGAUUUGGGACAAGAUCUAGCUUUUCUAAGAAGCAAUUAUCAAUUCGUAUGUGAGGUAAUAGAAAAGUUAGAAAAACCCAACAUGUUGUUGGUAGAUGUCAUAAACUUAGUGAAAGAAUUUCAACAACAAGCAAACGCAGUAAGGGGUGAUAUUGGUACUAGAGUAUCUCAAAAACUUGACGAAGUGUUAAAUAAAAAUGCAGGUUUCGGUGUUCUUUACGACGUUGCUCGUGUUUUACAAGCCCAGAAGGUGGAAAAUUUGGAGUUAGAUUCAACAUUAGUUGCAAAAUUCAAAUUUGCGCCAACAACGAGUGUGGAUGUUGAACGCACAUUCUCCAAUUUUAAACACAUUUUAAAUGAUCGGCGAAAAAAUUUUACAGUGGACAACUUGGAACAUAUUACAAUCAUAAAUUGUUUUAAAGAAAACUGAAAUACGUGUGUAAAAUAUAAAGUCUAGGAUUAUUGUAAUAAUAUUUUAUCCAAAGUUCUAAGAAGUGU